AUGUAUGCACAAUUUUCAGGCUUAUUUAAGGUUGGGGAGACAGUGUACGUUAAUCAUCCAACAGAGUCAUGGAUAGUCGGUAAAGUUGAUGCAGCCGAUAAGAAUAACAAAAAGGGAGCCUAUUCAAUAAAACCAGUUGCGAGCCUUAACGACUCUUUAGCUAAUGAGAACCCUAUAAAUGUUAAUGAGGAUCAAUUAUUUAAAUACACAAAUGACUUGGAUAAACUUGAUCAUGAUGAUUUGUUAUCAAUGACAGAACUUCAUGAAGUGACUCUUCUAAAUUGUUUAAGAAAUAGAUAUAAAAAGGAUGUAAUUUAUACAUUGAUUGGAGGAGUUUUAGCUAUAGCAAUGAAUCCUUUCAAAUGGACAAUUCCCUAUGUUCAAGAUGAUAAGAUGGACUUGUAUUGUAAUAAGGGAAAGAAUUCAAAUCUUCUUCCACAUGCUUGGAGUAUUGCUGAUAAUGCCUAUCGAAUCAUGAAGGAAACAAAACAAAAUCAAUCCAUUCUUAUUAGUGGUGAAUCUGGUGCAGGUAAAACUGAAGGCUGUAAGACAGUCAUCAAAUAUCUAUCUAAAUUAUCAUGUUCAAUAACAACUGAUGAAAAAAUUAGAGAAAAUGCUUCGGGUAUUGCUAUCAAGAUACAAGAAUGUUCUCCAAUUCUAGAAGCUUUUGGUAAUGCUAAAACUCAACGUAAUGACAAUUCAUCGAGAUUUGGUAAAUUUAUUAUUAUGCAAUUCGACAAGGAAGGUGUAAUUUUAGGAGCCUAUAUGUAUAAUUAUCUAUUGGAAAAAUCAAGAGUAAUAUCACAACCACUAGGAGAAAGAGGAUAUCACAUUUUCUAUCAAUUAUUGGCCGGAGCUGAUGCAAAGAGAAGAAAGGAAUUAUAUUUAUCAAAGGCUGAAGAUUAUUCUUGCAUUAAUCAAGGUAAAUGUUUUACAGUCAAUGGUGUGGAUGACGGAAAAGAAUAUGCAGAAGUUAUAAAGGCCAUGAAUAUUGUGGGUAUUUCUCAAACUGAACAAGAUGCCAUCUUCCGAAUUACAGCAGCUGUAUUACAUAUGCAAAAUUUGAAAUUUAAUCUUAGAGGUGAUGGAUCUGAAGUUGAAAACAAGCAAACUUUAAAGAAUGUUGCAGAACUUUUAAGAGUUGAUCAAGUUGGUCUUGAAAAGGCUCUUACAACAAUGUAUGUCUCUGCAGGAAAGGACUUGAUUUUGAAAGGUUUAGUACCUGCUAAGGCAUGUGAUGCAAGAGAUGCUUUUUCAAAGGCGUUAUAUGAUGCUGUAUUUAACUGGAUUAUUAAGAAAAUUAACGAAAAUCUCGAUUCAUCAAAGCAACAUAAGGUUGAUAACUUUAUUGGAUUGUUGGAUAUUUAUGGUUUUGAAGCUUUUGAAAAGAAUAGUUUCGAACAAUUGUGUAUCAAUUUUGCCAAUGAAGCACUUCAAGGAGUUUAUAAUAAUUACACUUUUAAGAAAGAUGUGGAUGAAUGUAGAGAAGAAGGUAUUGAAGUUACAUCAGUUACAUUUAAUGAUAAUCAAGAAUGUAUUGAAUUGAUUCAAAAGGGUGUUGUCAAUUCUUUAACUGAUUGUUGUAAAUCUAGCUCUACAGAUAUCGACUUUUUGGAAAAACUCAAAAAGGCCUAUUUGAAAAAGACAGGAUUCUUUGAUGCUUCUCCAUUGAAAAAGGAAGAUUUUAUUGUUAGACACUAUGCAGGUGAUGUAUCAUAUAAUGUUACUGGGUGGAUUGAAAAGAAUAAGGAUACUCUCAAUGGAGACUUGUUCAAAUUAACCAAGACAAGUACUUGUAAUUUUAUUAAGGACCUUUUGGAAGAUACUGGUAAUGCUAAAGACACUGUUGGUGAAUCAUUCAGAAAACAACUUAACAAUUUAUUAACCACUAUUAAUUCUACUAGGCCUCACUAUAUUAGAUGUCUUAAGCCUCACCCUGCUAAGAAACCAAACAUGUUCAGUGUUACUGAAGUUAUGAAUCAAUUGAGAUCAUCUGGUGUUUUGGAAACUGUUAAAAUCAGAAGAGAAGGUUACAGUGUAAGAAUGCCUUUUGAUCAAUUCUAUCACAAAUUCAAGAUACUUCUCCCACCAGCCCAACAAAAAGGAUCUACCAAAGAAGAAAUGAGAGUAUCAUGCGAAGAAAUUAUCAAAUCAGUCAAGUUUGAUAAAGUUAAAGCACAAAUUGGUAAAUCAACAGUAUUCCUUCGACACUAUGCUUACUCUGAUUUGGAAUCAUUGAGAAAUGAAAAGCUCGUUCAAUAUGUGAUAACAAUUCAAGCAUCCUUUAGAAAACUCAAAGCUAUUAAGGAAGUUGCAACUAUGAGAAGACUCAAAAAGGAAGAAGAAGAAAGAAUUUACUUUGAAAAACAUAGAGAAGAAAUUGAAAGAAAGAGAAGAGAAGAAGAAGAAAAACUUCGUAUAGAGAGAGAACGUAUUGAAAAGGAAGAAGCUGAAAAGAGAAGAAUUGAAGAAAUCAAAAGACAAGAAGAAGAAAAAAUUGCUAGGGAAAAGAGAGAACGUGAAGCUGUUAUCCUUAAGGAACAAGCCAAACUUAACAAGUUGAGAGAAGUUCAAAUGAAAAAGAUGGAAGAACUCAAACGAAUUGAAGCAGAAAAGGAAGAAAGAGAACGAGUUAAAAAGGAAUUGGAAGAACUCGAAUCUGGUAAAGCCAAUAUGGAAGAACAAGAAAGUGUCAAGAUUUGGAAAGUUGAUGAAGGAAAGCUUGUUGGAUUUACUCUCAGUGAAGCUAGAAAGGAUUUAAUUUUCCGUAUCAAAACUGAUCAACUCUUUACUCUAGAAGAAUGUAAAAUAUUAAUCAAGGAAAUUGUUAGAAUUAUGAAACGAGAUGCUGAAAGAGAUUUUAAGAAUUUGAUAUUCCUAAGCAAGUUUAGAACAGAAGUUUUAUUCCCAAAACCUAUUGUAUCUGAUUAUAUUUCAGAAACACAUGGAUUGGAUGGAUUUGCUGAUAGUAUUGAUGUUAAAAAGAUGAUUUAUGGAAAGGUUACAAUUCGUCCAUUAGAUCCACUUUCAAGUAAGGAUACCAUUCUCAUUGCUAAGGAAAAACUCAAAUUACUUGUAUUGAAUAUUAAUAAGAAUAUUGUCAAGUUAAUUGAUAAUGCUCUCAGACAACGAAAAGAAAGACUUUUAAUUAUUGCAACCAUUUUAGAAGAAUUGGAAACAAGUGUCAUCAAAAAGUACUUGCAUCCAAAUGAACUUUUAGUUGUAAUGGCAAAGAUUAAGAGUCAAUCCACUAGUAAUUCCAAUGCUGCAUCCCAACAACAACAACCUCAACAACAAUUUGCAUCUGCCUCCGAAGAAAAAUUGUUUUAA